UCAGCUUGGUCAAAAAAAUGAACUCCUUGGCCAGGCUUGGAAGCUACGUUUGCCAAAGUGUGCAAAUCGCCGGCUGCGGCUUGCAGCAAGUGCGCACAAAAUAUGCCGACUGGCGGAUGAUACGCGAUGUCAAGCGGCGCAAAUGCGUCAGCGAGCAUGCCAAGGAGCGUUUGCGGGUAAAUUCGCUGCGAAAGAACGAUAUACUGCCAAUUGAGCUGCGCGAGGUUGCCGAUGCCGAGAUAGCCGCAUUCCCCAGAGAUUCCUCAUUGGUGCGUGUGAGAGAACGUUGCGCACUUACGUCACGGCCGCGCGGCGUUGUCCACAAAUAUCGACUCAGCCGCAUUGUGUGGCGCCAUUUGGCGGACUACAAUAAGCUGUCGGGUGUGCAGCGUGCCAUGUGGUAGAAUAAGUGUGUACUUUCAUUUAGCCCUGUUAAAACCAAUACAAUAAUAAACCAAGUGUAAUUGAAUAGGCUGGCACAGCUGAUUCUCAAAAAAUAUCGUCUAUCGAUAACGAUAA